AUGGACAAAAACCUUUAUUGCAUUUUGCCUUAUGCAUUCCUAAUCACCAUAACCUUCCCAAUGCUUUCACUCAAACAUACAUCUCUUUUACUUGCAACUAAUUGGACCAACUCCACCUCCGUCUGCACCUGGAUUGGCGUCACUUGCAGCUUCCGCCAUCAACGAGUAGCUGCCUUGAAUCUCUCCAACAUGGCUCUCUCCGCCACCAUUCCACCGCAGCUCGGACACCUCUCCUUCCUCGUCUCCCUCGACCUCUCCAACAACCUUUUCUAUGGAGAUUUGCCUCAAGAGCUGUCUCUCCUUCGCCGUUUGAAGUUCAUUUCUCUCCGACUCAACAACUUCACCGGAGACAUCCCUCCAAUGUUUGACAUGUGCCGUAAUCUUCCAUUUCUUGGUGGGAUUUAUCUUUCUGAAAAUCAGCUGAGUGGCGCGAUUCCCACAAAUGUAUCCCAAUGUUCACGGCUUGAGGUGUUGAGCCUCUCUUACAACUCUUUUAGUGGGGAGAUACCUUCAGAAAUCGGCUUCUUAACAUCUCUUCAGUAUUUAGCUCUUGGUGGCAACAAUUUGAAUGGAAUACUACCACAUGAGAUUGGCCAUCUUCAGAGUCUGGUUAUUUUUGGUGCUGAAAAGAACGAGAUUGCGGGCUCAAUUGAUUUCAACAUUUUCAUGAUUAUGUCUUCUCUGCAAACCUUAGCACUAUCGCGUAACAAAUUCACGGGGAACAUUUCAAGGGAUGUCAGGAAUAUUACCAUGCUAACAGAGUUACAACUCCACGAAAACCAUGUUACAGGGCUUAUUCCCACUGAAUUUGGCCAACUUUACCAUUUGGAGAUAUUAUCAUUAGCAUUGAACAGCUUUAGUGGUUCGAUUCCACAUGAGCUCUUUAACAUUUCAACUCUUCGGAUUCUUUCACUUGUCGACAAUGCUCUGUCAGGGGUUCUUCCAACCCAUUUAUGCCAUGACUCUCCCUUUCUUGAAAAACUUUAUCUUGGCACAAAUUCUAUCACCGGAGCAAUACCCAACUCCAUCUCUAACUGUUCUCAACUCACAAUUCUCUCACUUCCUUAUAACAAAUUCAGUGGUUAUAUACCUACUCAUCUCGGCAACCUAAGACUUCUUCAAAGACUUGAACUGCACACCAACAAUCUUACCCACGCACCAUCUUCGUCUUCCUUCAUUACUUCAUUGACAAAUUGCAGGUCUCUAACUGAUUUGUCAUUUGGUGAUAAUCCUCUAAAUGGUGUCAUUCCAGCUUCUGUCGGGAACUUAUCUUCCUCACUUCGAACAUUCAGUGCCGAGAACUGCAAAUUCAGUGGCAACAUUCCUGUAGAAAUAGGCAAUCUAAGCAAUAUGAUGGGCUUAGAUUUAUCUAGGAAUGAGUUAUCUGGUAAUAUUCCACUAUCUAUAAGCCAUUUGCAUGAACUUCAAGGAUUAGAUCUGUUUGGUAACAUGUUGGGAGGCACAAUACCACAUGCUAUAUGUGAUCUAUUCAGCCUCAAUACUUUAGUUGUCAAAUCUAUUCCUAGCACUAUUGGGAACUUGCAGAAUUUGGUUGAUCUGUCUUUGGCAAAUAAUAGACUAGAAGGUUCUAUUCCUGUGUCUAUGGGAAGCAUGAUUAGUUUGGAAAAUCUCGACUUGUCGUACAACAACCUCUCUGGUUUAAUUCCAAAGUCUUUAGAAGCACUUCAACACCUCGACUACUUUAAUGUCUCUUUCAAUAGUUUAAGUGGAGAAAUUCCUAAUGGAGGUUUUUUUAGAAACUUCACUAUGAAUUCUUUUAAGGGUAAUGAGGCAUUGUGUGGAAUCCCCAAGUUCCAUGUCCAAAUUUGCUCUUCAAUUUCUAAUCACAGAUCAAAGAGAAAGAAGGUGGAACGAGCUUCAUUUAUUGUUUUCGGGGUUGUGGCUUUCAUCUCAGUUGUCUGUUUGGCCUUUAUAAUUGUCAGAAACAAAAGGAAAGAUAAGACGAAUAGAGAAGUUGAUGAGUUGAUAUUCAUUGUGCCGGAAACAAUCUCUUAUUAUGAACUGCUGCGAGCAACGGAAAGAUUCGAUGAAAGCAAUUUACUUGGCACUGGGAGUUCUUGCUCUGUUUAUAAAGGAAUUCUUAACAAUGGGAUGAAUAUCGCUGUCAAGGUGUUCAAUAUGCAGCUAGAAGGUAUUUCAAGAAUAUUCGAUGUCGAAUGUGAGAUACUACGUAGCAUUCGACACAGAAAUCUGACAAACGUCAUAAGCAGUUGCUCCAAUGAAGAGUUCAAGGCAUUAGUACUUGAAUAUAUGCCAAAGGGAAACUUUGAAAAAUGGUUAUAUUCCCACAACUAUUGCUUGAAUAUGAUGGAAAGAUUGAAUAUAAUGAUUGAUGUUGCAUGUGCUUUGGAGUAUCUUCACCACGGUUAUUCAAUGCCCAUUGUCCACAGCGACUUGAAGCCUAGUAAUGUGCUGUUAGAUGAAGACAUGGUUGCCCAUGUAAGCGACUUUGGGAUAGCAAAGUUGUUAUGCGAUGGAGAUAGCUUUGUGUUAACCAACACGCUUGCAACAUUGGGUUACAUCGCUCCAGAGUAUGGCUUGGAAGGGCUAGUUUCAACAAGGUGUGAUGUGUAUAGCUACGGGGUGAUGUUGAUUGAAACUUUUACGAGAAAAAGGCCUAGUGAUGAUAUGUUUUGCGGAGAUAUGAGCUUAAAGAGAUGGGUAGAACUAUCACUUUCGAAGAUCCUAGAUGAAGUGAUAGAUGCCAACUUAGUCAUGAAUUUGGAGGAAGAAAUGAUUGACAAGAAUAUGCAGUGUGUAUCAUCCAUACUUGAAUUGGCUCUGAAAUGCUCUGCGGACUCUCCCGGGGAUAGAAUCAACAUGAAACAAGCACAUGCAGCGGUGCAGAAAAUCAAGCAUCGAUUUUCCCAAUGA